GUUUCGAGGACAUGCUGGAGAGCUGGGUGCUGCAUCUGGGUUUCGAGGACAUGCUGGAGAACUGGGUGCUGCAUCUGGAGCGGGUGGGUCUGAGCCGCCACUUCAUUCUCUUCGCAGCCGACAGCACAAUCCUUCAGUUCGCCCAGUCUAAAUGGCCUGGACAGGCCAUUCAUCUGGACCUGACCGGGCAGUUCAAUGAUGAGGAGAGCGUGGAUGUAAAGAAGGAGGCCAUGCAUCUGGACCUGAGCGGGCAGUUUCACGAUGAGGAGAACGUGGAUGUGAGGAAGGAGGUGGACAUCAACUCAGCGGGGUUCUUCUUCAGCGUGGCUUUUGUGGCUUUUCUUUUCAACCUGCCGCUGCAGGCCAUUCACCUGGAUCUGACCGGGCAAUUCAACGACGAGGAGAAUGUGGAUGUGAAGAAGGAGGUGGAUAUCAACUCAGCGGGGUUCUUCAGCGUGGCGUCCCACCGAGCAGUCUACAUCCACCAUCUGCUCUCCUUUGGCUUCUCAGUCCUCUACAGCGACGUAGACAUCGCCUUCCUGCACAACCCCCUCCCCUUCUUCCAAAGACCCAAUCCUCCCACUGAUGUGUCUGCUUCUUCUUCUGCUGCUGCUGCUGCUGCUGCUGCUUCUGCUUCUUCUUCUGCUGCUGCUGCUUCUGCUGCUUCAUCUUCUUCUGGUGCUGCUACUUCUGCUUCUGCUGCUGCUGCUGCUGCUGCUGCUGCUGCUGCUGCUGCUGCUGCUGACUCUGAUACCAGCGGCUUGGAUUUCGACAUCUUUCUGAGCAUCGAUCGGUACAGAGAGCAGCCGUCGCCCUACACAGAGCCCGUCAAUACAACCCUUCUCAACAAAGGGGGUCGCAUCUACUGCACCUGCCUCCUCUUCUUCCGCCCCACUGCCGCCGCCAAGAGCCUCGUAGGCAACUGGGCGUUCCGGAUAGCUAAGCUGGGCCGGAAGGGGGGGUUGGACCAGGCGCAGUUCAAUCUAGUCAUGCAGUGGAUGUAUCAGAGGGAUGUGCUGCCGCGGAUAGGUGUGCUGCCGCCGCUGCAGUUCCCCUCAGGGCAUCUGAUGCAGGAGCAUUGGGAGGAGUUUGUGGGGGUGCGGCCGCGGGUGGUGAUGGUGCAUGCGAAUUAUGUCAAAGGGAAGGGCGCAAAGAUCAAUGCACUGAAGAAAGCGGGGUUGUGGUGGGUGAAGGAGCCAGGCAACGCGACGUCUGCUGCUGCUGCUGCUCCUGCUGCUUCUGCUGCUCCUGCUGCUUCUGCUGCUCCUGCUGCUCCUGCUGCUUCUGCUGCUUCUGGCGCGGCUGCUGCAAAUGCUUCAUCUGCAGCAGGGCUGGUUGAGGGGCAGGUGGGGCAGGAGAAAGGGCAGGGAGCAGCAGGUGGCACGGAGAAGGCGGCAGGCGAGGGAAGGGUUGAACCGAAAGGAGGAGGAGGGUUGCAGGACGAGGCGAAGGACGGAGAGCCAAUCCUGCUGUUCCCAACGCCUAGGCCCCUUGAGAAGGCUGACAAGGCUGACAAGGCUGGCAAGGCUGGCAUGGCUGAGGCUGCAGGGAUGAUGCUGGGGGUGCAGCAGAGUGAGAAGGGUGGCGCAAAGGGUGGGGACAAGGGGGAGGGGCAGGCACUGAUAGGAGCGGCCGGUGGUGGAGGCAGUGGGGCAGGAGGGGAAGGGGAUUGGGAGGCGCGGGUACUGGCGGCAGUGGAGCCGUGGGUGGGGGAGCAUCUGAAGACGAUGGAAGGGAAAGGGAUGAACGUUGCUGCUGUCGGUGGCAUGGCGGUCUUCACCGUUGCCUGCGAUGGCCAGGAUGCAUUAUUCCACACUUGGUGGGCGCGCAUGAACCGCAUCCCUUUGCUCGGGAGAGCUCUCCUCGCCUCCGUACCUCAGGUGAUGCGCAUGCCAGGGGGGCACACAGUAGACCGACCCAAGGAGAGGACGUCCCUGCAAGUGGCCGCAGCUACAUGCCUGCUGCUGCCGCCGCUCAUCAUCGCCCGCUUGCUUGCUGCCAACGUGACCGCCGUCUACAGCGACAUCAACUCGCUGUGGCUGCGUGACGCCCGCUCCUACUUCCUGCCAACCUACUCCCUCGUGCUGCCCUCCCUCUCCCACCGAGACCCGCAGCAGCAGCAGCAGCAGCAGCAGCCAGCGACAGCAGCAGCGCAAGGGGCACAAAGGACAGCAGAGAACGGGCCAGGAGAGAAAGCAGAGAGCAGCAAGGGGGGUGAGGGUGGCGGCAGCAGGCAGCAGGAGGCAGCAGCCCCUGCACCUGCCAACAACACCAUCGCCCUCAUGCCGUCCCUUCUAGGGUCCCUCUCUCCAUGGCUCAUGGCUCUUCGCCCCUCCCCUGCUGUGCAAGCCAUGGUGCACCGCUGGGCACUCAGGGCUUUAAGAGAUUGUAAGAAUGCAGAAGCAGCAGAAGCUGCGGGUGGUUCGGGGUUUUUUUCUGGUUCGGAGAUUCUGAAAAGGGCGCUCAACCAUGCCGUGGCUGAGAUGGUUCGGGAAGCGGGGCUUGUGGGAGCGGAGGAGAUUGGGUUGGGUGAAGGUUCGGGUUUGGCAGGAGGCAUGGAUGCAGGUACGGGAGCAGGCAUGGAUGCAGGUCCGGGAGCAGGCACAAGUCCAGGGCAAGGAGCAAGCGUGGGGGUGCUUCCAGAGCAGCUAUUCCCACCUGGGUGGAGGGCGGUGGGGGAUAGGGCAUGGCUGGAGGCGCAUAGGAAUGAGAUAGUGGCCGUGCAGGUGAGCUGUGGGGAGGACAGCCAGGUGCAAGAGAUGUGUAUUCGAGACUUGACGCUGUGGUUGUAA